AUGAGCACUCUCCUAUCCCCACACCUACAGCAAAUAUCCGCCGCCGCGAACUCCCUCUCAUCACUCCCCUUUGCCCCACCAAAGGUCUUCACAAACGCCCUCCUCCGCUCAACAGACAUCGUCUCGCUAAUCCGCGACACCGACGCACACGAGCGCGCACUCUUCACCGUUCCCGCCGCACCGACGGAAAAGGACAUGAAAAAGUCGCGCAUGAGCAUCGCGCCGCGGAGAAAUACUGCUGUGUACUCCGCCCUGGGAGGGGACAUGGUUGAGAAGUUGCGGAGGGGCGGAGCUGGGGGUGUGGGUGGUGGUGUCGGGGGCGUUGCGACGGGAGAGGUGGAUGUUGAGGUGCUGCUUAUGGGUGCCGAGAGGCUUUUGGGGGUUUAUCAUAUCCCUGGUGCGGAAGAGAGGAUACAUAGAGCUAGGGAGCGGUACGAUCACUUGACGGAGUCGUUGGAGAAUUACGAAGCGCUUGUGGAGGCUCAGAGGCAGCAGUUGGAUUUGCUACAGGGUCCUGAGCCGGAAGUGGUGGUGGUGGAGGAGGAAGAAGAGGCUGGAGAGGAGAUUACGGAUGAGAUGCUCGCGGCGGAGGAAGAGGAGAUUAGAGAGCUUGAGGAACGGAAGGCGGAGCUUGAGGAGAGGAUUAGAAAUGUUGAUAGAAGAAUGUAUCGGCGGUAG